CAGAGACGCCUACCUGCUAUCAUCAUUGUGUUUAUAGUAGUUGAUACUUUACUAGAUUUAAUUCUAUACUAAUAUUUCGUGAGAAGCGUGCAAAGCCACGCCAAAUAGUAGCUUAUUACAUGAUUUAAACAGAAGUUGAUCCAGAAGUUAUAUAGUUGAAAACGUCAAAAUGGCUUGGCGUUUUAAAGCAUCUAAAUAUAAAAAUGCAGCUCCAAUUGUCCCCAAACCAGAAGCUUGCAUUAGAGACAUCUCAGUUGGCUCCUAUCAAACUUAUGGCAAUAACAUUGCAGCAUCAGCUGCAUUUAUGGCAUUUAAUGUGGAUCAUAAUGGAUCUAAUCUUGCUGUGUUGCCAUUGGAAGAUUGUGGCCGUAAAAGCAAAACUAUGCCUUUGCUUCAUGCUCAUGCAGAUACAGUAACAGAUAUGGAUUUUUCCCCAUUUCAUGAUGGUUUAUUGGCCACUGGUUCACAAGAUUGUCUUGUCAAACUGUGGCAUAUUCCAGAAUCUGGCUUAGAGGAACCUUUAAAUAAUCCUGAAUGUACAUUCUACCAUCAUCAAAGAAGGGUAGAAGUGGUGUGUUGGCAUCCUUCAGCUGAACAUCUUCUUACAACAGUAUCAUACACAAAUCUGUCUUUAUGGGAUGUGAUAUCGCAACAAGAAUUAUUUUCCAAUAAUGAACAUACAGAUGUCAUUCAAUCUCUAAGUUGGAAACAAGAUGGAGUGCUCUUAGCUACAUCUUGCAAAGACAAACAAGUGAGAAUUAUAGAUCCUCGUGCUUCUACUUGUAUUGUUAAUUCCUGUUCCAGUCAUCAAAGUAUCAAGGAUUCUAGAUGUGUUUGGUUAAACAACAGUGAUAGAAUACUCACUACAGGAUUUGAUGCAGCAAGACUAAGACAGGUUUAUAUAAGAGAUCUGAGACAUCUAAAUGAACCAGUGAAACCAUUAGAAUUGGAUUGUAGUACAGGAAUUUUAAUGCCACUGUUUGAUCCUGAUACAAACAUGCUCUUUCUGGCUGGAAAAGGAGAUACUACUAUUAUGUAUAUGGAAGUUAUGGAUAAAGACCCAUUCAUGGUUGAAGGUAUUCGUCAUAGUGGAGAACAAACAAAGGGAGUAUGUUUGGUACCAAAACGAGCAUUAAACGUAAUGCAAGCUGAAGUUAAUAGAUUAUUACAACUCACUUCAAAUAUGGUGAUACCUAUAAUGUAUCAAGUUCCACGAAAAACUUACAGAGACUUUCAUGCAGAUAUAUAUCCAGAUACAGUAGGAUGUGUUGCACAAAAUAAUGCAGCAGCUUGGAUUAAAGGGCAUAAUAUGCCUGUCCCAAAAAUAUCGUUAGAUCCUGCCAAAAGAAAUAAAGGGGAGGAACCCAUUACUGUACAUAAAGGAAACUUAACAACCCUCAAAGAAAAUGAACGAGAAAUAGAAAUGGAGCAGAAGCAAUCGAAGACCGUAUCCGCUACCGUGCCGAAAACUUACGUGAAGACACAAGAACUGAAUGAAAAAGAGUCGGUGUUCGAGAAUGAUAUUGAAAAGUUAGAAGAAUCAAAGAAAAUCGAAGUUGAAGAUGACAAAAAUAAGGUGCAAAACGGAGGGCAAAUGAUUCCACCACAGCCUCUGCCAAGAUCAUCAAGAACUAAUAGCAUUUCUGAGGAUGAACCGAAACCAGUUGCACGACCUCGCACAUCACCAAACGUGGGCUCAGUAGUUACAUCUGUGAACCCUAACGCGAUUGGGGGAUAUAAGCCUCGACUUGGACCAAAACCAUUUCAAGCAAAAUCUGGCAAUCAAGAAUUUUCUUUUGACAAAAUUUUUUCGGUUCCUGUUGCACCAAAUAACGAUACUAAUGGUUAUCAAAAUGAUUUAAAUAAUCAAAUAGAGAAUAGCACAGAACCAGAGAAAUCACCAUCGUUUAAUAAUGAACGUAUUAAAGAAACGGAAAAUGGAAAAAGCAACUCUAGUGCCUUGGAGGAGGAUACAAAUUCGAGUGAUUCUGGUUAUAAGCCGAAAACACCAAGUACUGCAGAAAGGCGUAAAGUUUUUGAAAUAAAAGUCAAAGAUGAAUCGCCUGAAAAUGAGGAUCUUGGAAAUUUUGAACGCGGCAAUGCAAAUAGAAAUUCUAUUGCUGAAAGAAGAAGGCUUUAUGAAAGUCGUUCUGUGUCCGUAACUGAUGGAAACUUAGCAGAGAAAGCAAUGGGAUCUCCAACGAUGUUGAGACGUAGAGAUUCAUUUAAAACCAAAACUGAAGUGAUUAAGGAAGAAGUUAAGAAAGUUAUUUCAAUGUUACGCCAACAAAGCGUAGAUCCACGUUUAGAAAAAGUGGAUAAUUCUGUAACACCGACGCCUAAAAGAACUUCGACUGUAUUUGGUAGGGUAUCAAAAUUUCGACAUUUGAAAGGUACACCUGGUCAUAAAUCUACGCAUAUUGAAAAUAUAAGAAACAUUAGUCGACAAAUAUCUGGAGAAUGUGAUGGUUUUCAUGCUAAUCCAGAUCGUGUUGCGGUACCACUUAGCGGACUAGGUGGUAAAAUAGCAGUUCUUGAAUUAAGAAAAACUGGGAGAUUACCAGAUGGUGUAAUGCCAGCAUUAGUACAUGGUGCCACUGUAAUGGAUUUCCAAUGGAAUCCAUUUAAUAAUCAGCUAUUAGCUGUUGCAUGCGGUGAUGGAAUGAUACGUUUUUGGGAAAUACCAGUAUUUGGAUUAUCAGAGCCGACAAAUGAACCAAAGCACACAAUACAAGCUCAUACUGAUAAAAUAUAUUUAAUAAAAUUUCAUCCACUGGCAUCAGAUGUUUUAGCAUCGGCAUCUUACGAUAUGACCGUAAAAAUUUGGGAUCUGUCAUUUCUGUCGUUCUACGAAAGGGCACUUGCAAGAAUAAUAUUAACCGGACAUACCGAUCAGAUUUUUAGUUUAGCGUGGUCACCAUGUGGUCGAUAUCUUGCGAGCACAUGUAAAGAUGGAAAAUUAAGAAUUUACGAACCGAGAUUUAGCCACAUUCCAGUUAAAACUGGAAAAGGACCUGUUGGUACUAGAGGUGCCCGAAUUGUAUGGGCAUUGGAAGGACAACUUCUCGUUGUAUUGGGUUUUGACAAAGUUUCAGAAAGGCAAAUAUAUAUAUUUAAACCAGACAAUCUUAAUACUCCAUUAACUACAGUUGGACUAGACGUCUCACCUGCUAUUUUAAUGCCAUAUUAUGAUGAAGACAGUUCAACCCUUUUCUUAACAGGACGCGGUGAUUCUACAAUAUAUGCUUUUGAAAUAACAGAAGAACUUCCAUAUUGCUGUCCACUUAGUCAUCAUCGAUGUAGUAGUUUACAUCAGGGUUUAUCUUUUCUUCCUAAGAAUAAAUGCGAUGUUGCUAGUGUAGAAUUUGCAUCAGCUUUGAGAUUAACAAAUAACACAAUAGAACCUUUGAGUUUUACUGUUCCACGUAUAAAGAGUGAACUUUUUCAAGACGAUUUGUUCCCACCAACGAAAAUUACGUGGAAGCCAACUAUGAGUGCCACUGAAUGGUUUAUCGGAAAUAACUUACAAGCGCAUAGAAUAAGCCUGAAACCACCUGGCAUGGACAACUUAACUGAAAAUCAAGGCCAAAGUGUAGUUAGUGCACCAGUUGCAGCAAAACAACAAUCAACAACUCCAUUUUCUGUAUCUGCCCAACCAUUUAAUAGACUGGGAUGGAAUCCUGAUGUGAAAGCUAAGCAAGAAGAGAUCCAAAAAACUAUGAGCAACUUUGUAGGCGAUGUUAUACAGUGCUCCUUGGAACAGGAUCAUAUGGAAGGUGUAGAAGAGCAUGAAUGGGAUGAGUGAAGAUUGCGCUAUAUUGGUAGGUCAUUAAAAUACAAUGG